AUGGAAAGUCCAAAAGAUAUUACCGACUGCCAGGAGUGGUUAGAUGCAGGGCACUAUACCAGCGACGUGUACACCAUCUACCCAAUGCAGUAUCAAAAUGGCUUGCAGGUCUACUGUGAUAUGAAGACGAAUGGAUCACGUUGGAUGGGCCUACAGGGAGGUUGGAUUAACGCCCCCAUUCCCACUAGUAACGAGGCGACAGCGAGAGCACGCUGCGACGACACGUCGCGACGGCUAAAGGCCACAACGCAACAGGUCGACGGCAAGACGCGACAGGUCGACGGCAGGAUACGACGCAACUACACGACGGCAGGACACAACGUCACGACGCGACGCCAUGAGACGAAGGAAUUUCUCGAUCUGUCCAGAAAACUGUCUUGGUCUGAGACUAACUCAAGGACAGUGGACCUGUUCUUGAAGCGCAUUGCUAUUAUUCACAGUGACUCUCUCACGACCAAGCACAAUAACCAAGACUUCUCAACCUAUGACCGAGACAACGACAACGAUGCUGGCAACAACUGCGCUGAGAAGCACCACGGAGGCUGGUGGUUCAAUAAGUGUCAACCUACCACUGGUUUUAAUUUUAAUCCAGACGUGACAAGUAACCUCAAUGGCGAAUAUUCCACAGUUAUGGGUGGGUCUGACAAUCCUGCUAAUCUAAGAUGGAAGGCCGUACCCAAUGGUGAAACAAUAUUCACAAGUGAAAUAAAAUUGCGAAAAGGGUAA